AAAAAAGAAAAACAAAGGUUGCAAUGCUGUGAUUGGACGCUGGCUGCUUGACAGGACUAAAGGGGAGUUCAAUAAGGCCGAAAGCAGAAGCAGCAGUGAUUGAAUGCUGGGCUGAUAGAGCGCUGCGGUCAAUAAUCUGAACGGAUCAAUUGAUCCGUUUGUCUGCGCGGUUUCUUCCCGCUGAUCAUCCCCGGUCCUGGAGCCGCUAAGACAGGGAGCAUCAGUCCUGCCCUGCAGACCAUCAUGGAGAAAUGUAGCGGCGGAGCAGCAUGAGAGCUGAAGCUGCAUCUCUGCUCUAAGAGCUCAUCUGUUUGAGAGGAAGUCCCCCUUUGAUCUGCAUCAGUGUCAUGAAUGAGCCUCGACAAAAGCUUCUACCUACAUAGAGGUCAGUUUACCUCAAAACUGACUUCGGCUCGGAAGAUGCUGGGAAUAUUUCGUGGGCGGAGAAAGUUCCUGGCAGCCUCUCUUGCCUUGCUUUUCAUUCCCUCAUUCACAUGGCUUUACCUAUCAAUUGGACACUUUCAAGUGAAGCCCCUCCCCCUAUCUUCACUGGAAGCCCAGCCAUCUUCUCCACUGGGCGACAGUAAUGCGCGGGUAGCCUUGGAGCUGAGGAUCCGUGCGGUGGAAGAGGAGAACAGGGCGCUGCGCCAGGAGCUCAGUCGUCCACCCAGGAACUCCUCUGCCUCCCAUUCAAAUGGCACCGGCCGAGGAAAGCAAAGCCGAGCUCUUUCAGAACAAGGCGCUUUUAACAAUGAGGGACAGAAAAAUGCAGCUGUUGGAAACGGCUCUUAUUGCUCACAACAGCAACUGGUGGAUAAAUGUGAGACGAUCCAUGUGGCCAUCGUAUGUGCCGGUUACAAUGCCAGCCGAGACGUAGUAACAUUGGUUAAGUCUGUCCUUUUCCACAGACGGAACGCUCUUCAUUUCCAUUUCAUCACAGACUCAAUCGCAAAGCAGAUUCUCUCCUCUUUGUUUCACUCCUGGAUGGUCCCUGCUGUCAGGGUGAACUUCUAUGAUGCAGAUGAGCUUAAGUCUGAAGUGUCAUGGAUCCCUAACAAACAUUACUCUGGUAUCUACGGACUCAUGAAACUGGUGCUCACUAAGGCGCUGCCCUUGGACCUGCAAAGGGUCAUUGUUCUUGACACAGAUAUUACUUUUGCCACAGACAUUGCUGAACUCUGGGCUGUUUUCCACAAAUUUAAAGGUCAGCAGGUAUUGGGUCUAGUGGAGAACCAGAGUGACUGGUAUCUGGGAAAUCUGUGGAAGAAUCAUCGACCAUGGCCAGCACUAGGUAGAGGUUUCAACACAGGGGUUAUUUUACUGCUCCUGGAUCGGUUACGAAAGGUCAGAUGGGAGCAGAUGUGGAGGUUGACUGCAGAGAGAGAAUUGAUGAGCAUGCUGUCCACCUCACUGGCAGACCAGGACAUCUUUAAUGCGGUGAUCAAGCAGAACCCAUUCCUUGUUUACCAGCUUCCCUGCUUUUGGAACGUCCAGCUUUCAGACCACACUCGCUCAGAAAAAUGCUACAAGGAUGUUUCAGACCUGAAGGUAAUCCACUGGAACUCCCCCAAGAAGCUGCGGGUCAAGAACAAGCAUGUUGAAUUCUUUCGGAAUCUGUACCUAACUUUCCUGGAGUAUGAUGGCAACCUGCUGCGACGAGAGCUGUUUGGCUGUCCGAGUGAGGCUGACCCCAACAGUGAAAAUCUGCAAAAGACUCUUUCAGAGCUUGACGAGGAUGACCCCUGUUACGAGUUUCGACGAGAGCGCUUCACCGUUCAUCGAACGCAUCUUUAUUUUCUCCACUAUGAGUAUGAGCCGAGCUCUGACAACACUGAUGUCACCCUUGUUGCCCAGCUAUCUAUGGACAGGCUCCAAAUGUUGGAAGCGAUCUGUAAGCACUGGGAAGGUCCCAUUAGUUUGGCCCUAUACCUUUCAGAUGCUGAGGCGCAGCAGUUCCUGCGAUACGCACAGGGAUCCGAAGUUCUAAUGAACCGCGGAAAUGUAGGUUAUCAUAUUGUCUACAAAGAGGGACAGUUCUAUCCAGUCAAUCUCCUGCGCAAUGUGGCCAUGCAGCAAGUAAACACGCCCUACAUGUUCCUCUCAGACAUAGACUUCCUGCCAAUGUAUGGUCUGUACGAGUAUCUCAGGAAAUCAGUGGUGCAGCUUGAAAUGGCCAACACCAAGAAAGCCCUAGUGGUUCCAGCCUUUGAAACUUUGCGAUAUCGCCUCAGUUUCCCAAAGUCAAAGGCAGAAUUGCUUUCUCAGCUUGACAUGGGCACACUCUUCACAUUUAGGUACCAUGUCUGGACAAAAGGCCAUGCGCCAACUAACUUUGCCAAAUGGAGGACGGCCACCACUCCCUACAGAGUGUUGUGGGAGGCAGACUUUGAGCCCUAUGUGAUGGUGAGGCGGGACAGUCCAGAGUAUGACCGCCGCUUUGUGGGCUUUGGCUGGAACAAGGUGGCUCAUAUCAUGGAGCUCGAUGCACAGGAGUACGAGUUUGUGGUCCUGCCGAAUGCCUACAUGAUCCAUAUGCCCCAUGCACCCAGCUUUGACAUCACUAAGUUUCGCUCCAAUAAGCAGUAUCGUGCCUGCCUUAAGACCCUGAAAGAGGAGUUCCAGCAGAACAUGUCUCGUCGCUUUGGCUUUGCUGCUCUAAAGUACAUGACAGCAGAGAACAACACCUAGUCAUCACCCUGGUUUUUAAUUUGGCUUUAUGAACGACUCAAACACGUUUGAUUACUUGAAUAAGGCCCUUUGGAAUUUUGUAAGAUUCAGAACCUGAGACUCUAAAAGACGAUAUUGAUCAGAUAUGUUAUCUUCUACUUGGAGUGGAAGUGAUGAUCAAUAAAGAGUAGACUUCUUUAGUGCUGCAUCAGACUACAGGCUGCAGACUAAUGGAGCAAUGCGGUAUGUCACCAACACUAGAGAGGAAGCUGAUGUCCUGUCAUGUUUGUAGACUGUAAAAUGAUAUUGAGUGUGUGUUGCUUUUCUUUAGGAUGGGCUUAAGGGAAAAAUCCAAAACGCAGAGUUAAGGAGGACUGCACAGUUUCACUGAAGCAAACCACAACUCUACCUAAAAUAAAACCAUAUUAAAUAUGUUGAAA